AUGAGUCUUUCAGAACAGCAGCUUCGUCCUUAUAUUAGACGUUUUGAAGAUAUCAGAGAGUAUUGCAAGAACAACAACAUCAAGGAAGCAAAGAAAAUCAUUGCAGAACAAGAAAAAAAGAAAACACAACCAAAUAAUUUACCAUUUGUCGAAUUAUACAAAGGCGCAUUUGCAUUAGGUCAAAAGAAUGUUGAGGAAGCGCUUGCAUACUGUGAGAAAAUCGAGGAAAAGAAGCCAAAUGACGCACUUUUCUUAGAGUCUUUUAUCAAACUUUACAGAUCUACAGGUGCCGAAGAAGAAUGUGUUCCGAUUUACAAGAGGCUUGUUGCACUAUGCCAAAAGAACGUGGAAGCUCUCACACAAGCCAUAAUUUGCAUGUUAAUUUCAGGAUAUUUCAAUGAUGCUCAAGAAACAUCAAUGCAACUUACACGUUUAGCCCAAGUAGAGACUAGCUUCCUCAUUUGUGCUACUUGCUGCUACUUCAGAGCUCUUCAUGAGAAACCACAAUUCUAUGCAUUCGCCGCCAAGUUCUUUGAGAAAGCCCAACCAAAGCAAUACGAUGCCAUAUACAUGUACGUUGAAUCAAUGAUCAAAUCAAACCAAGCUGAGAAAGCUUUGGCGUAUGUUCAAUCCGCCGACGUCCAGAAGAUCUUAUCCUACGACAAAAUGGGUCUUAUUAGGCUCGAAAUCAGUUGUCUUCAAGCCUUAGGCAAGACAGAAGAAAUUGGCAAGUUGGCCGAAAAAUUCUUACGAACAAUCAACGCAGAAUCGAUUGAUGAGUGGAGAUUAGUUGUAGAGCACCAUCCCAACGCUUUACAAGUCAUCCAGGACCUCAAUAAAGGCAAGCGUCGCGGUCCAAAACUCGCAGAAAUCGAUUACCAAAUCAAGAACGGUUCUGAUGCAUCAGAUUUGAUCAUUGACUACGCAAACUCACGCCAGAACGUCGGCUACUUGUUCGGAGACCUCCGCAAGUACGUCAACGACCAGAACAGACAGAAAUUGUCUGCAAUCAACGACCAAGCACUUCAUGAAUACAUCACAGGCGAAUUCAUUGGCGAAGUCACUAAUUCAAGGUCGGCUGUCAUCAAAGCAGAGCAUCUCCUUAAAGAAUACUCUAAGACCAAUGACAGGAAGUAUUUAGUUGAAGCUGCAAGUACAUGUGCUUUGUUUGAUGAAGCUCCAGAAUGUCGUUUGAUGUUAAUCAGAUUGGCAACAUUUUUCGGAGCGACAUCUUUCAUUGGCGAGAACCAGACUAAGCUCAAAUUGGAAGCCAUCCAGUUCUUGUCAUUAGGACAUGUCUUCGCUGAAGGAAUCAUCAACCAAUUGGACAUUGACGAGAUGAAGAGAAUUUCAAAUCUGACAGAACAGUUUUGUUUCAAUUCGAUCACUGGAUUCAACCAAUUCUACCAGAGAUGUAUCGAUGACAGACACUUCAUCACAUUGUUGCAGGCAACAAAUAUCCGUAAAGAGAUAAUGCAGCACAGAAUCAGAUAUCUCUACAAAGUUGUCGAUCUUUGGACAUCGAUUUUGGAAAACGAAAAAACAGAAAUUGUCAAAAACAAAAUGAGAGUUUUGACACAAACAAAGAGUAUCGAAGAACUCGUAAACAAGACUGAUGAAACAGCACUUCCUUUAUACACAGAUGUACAGAAGCUUAUCUACCCUGAUACUUUAGAUCUCGUUAAAGGUGUAUCUCUUUUGACUCAGAUCAUUUUAGCUGAAAAUGUUGAUGAAAAAUUGGUCAACGAUAUUCCAGUUUUGUACAAAGAUUUCGCUGAUUUCGUAAAGGAAGGAAAAGUCAGUGAAGAGAGUUCUUUGUUCUCUUUGGCAUCAAUGAUGAUGUUCGCAAAGAAACACCAGAAAAAUGUCGACCAAAUCAUUGCUGUUGUUGACAAAUACAACGAAAGAAAAUUGAAGGAAAUUGAUGAACGUCCAAGUCCAUUCAAUAAGACUGUCGAGGAACAGAAGAAGAGAUUAGAAAAGGCUAUUAAUACAAUCAAGGCUUUCAAAUAA